AACGAGUCAAGUUCGGCCAGGUCGAGACAAUCUGUGAGUCACGUUUGACAGAGGAGCAUGGUUGCAUUGAUCCCGUUGAAUUAGAUUGGCCACUCAUUUGCGAAAUGUCGGCUUCCCUGGUGCGGAGGGCUCUAAACUUGUUCAACGAUUUGGAAGAAGUUCGCGAAAACCAAAAAUCGAAGAAGAAAUGUAGGGGCCGACGUGCACAGGCUGAGCCAACUCUUCACGGGACGAAGAAACAACCCUUGAAACGUCCGGGCGCGGUGCGCCGGAAGACGUUGCUAAGUGAAGAAAAGCGGACCCGAGCCAUCAUAGAGGAACUUAAACAGGCGCAAGAGGCAGACUACACAGAAGAGAAUGUUAAAGCUCUCAAGAAGCUGUCACAGACCUGUAGUAGGGUAAUCAACAAGGCUGGCUUGCAUUCCAUGAUGCAGAAGACUAAUGCCGAUGUGCCAAUUCAAGAUGAUGACAGACCAACUGCAUUCACCGACGAAGACUUUCGCCGCUUUGAGGAGGAAUAUCACAUAUCCUAAUAGAGUUGUCAUUAAAAUGUAUUUGUAGUUUUGUG